GACGUUGCCAAACGAAACACUUGAAAGCUGCAUAACACCAACACGGAAACUCGUCCAACCGUGCCGUCUUAACCUUCAUAACCUCAACAAUCAAUUGGUGUUUAGCAAACUUCGUCAUCUCUGGAGCGAUGGAAUGCAAUUUGUUGUCUCAUCUUGAAGUCUUAGAUGAAGAAGGCACAAGCGGAACAUGGAAGAAGAAUGUAGACAAUGCUUCUACCAAAACCAGCCAUUCUCGAGAAAAGAAAAGCAGAAAGAAAACCGUUUAUCCAGAUUCUUUUACAACAGGGCAGCCUCAAGAUCCUCAGGAGGUGGGGGCAGUUGAUGCUCUUCGUCAAGCACUGAUUGCAGGCAACUUGCUACCUGAAAUACUUGAUGAUUAUCAUAUGAUGUUGAGAUACUUGAAAGCCAGGAACUUCAAUAUUGAAAGCGCUAAGAACAUGUGGAUCGACAUGCUUCAGUGGAGGAAAGACUUCGGAGCCAACAACAUUUUGGAGGAUUAUAAGUUCAGUGAAUUGGACGAAGUUUUGCAGUACUUUCUCCAGGGUUAUCAUGGUAUUGAUAAGGAUGGAAGGCCUGUUUACAUAGAAAUAUUAGGACAAGCUGAUCCAAAGAAGCUUAUGAGAGUGACAACUAUCGAACGGUAUGUGAAAUACUAUGUGCAGGAGUAUGAGAGGACUUUGGCCAUUAGGCUCCCAGCCUGCUCAAUUGCUGCAGGCAGACGUGUUGCUUCUAGUACAACAAUUAUAGAUGUUCAAGGCGUGGGUUUAAGGAACCUAACAAAACCCGUGAUUGAACUCAUUAGGAGGCUGCAACAGAUUAACAGCAACUACCCCGAUACACUUUGCCAGAUGUUCAUCGUAAAUGCUGGUUCUGGGUUUAAGAUGCUCUGGAAUAUGGUUCAAUCUUUUCUUGAACCCAAAGCAAAAUCAAAGAUUCAUGUCCUAGGCACCAAAUUUAAAAGCACAUUGCUUGAGGUCAUUGAUGCAAGUGAAUUGCCAGAAUUUCUAGGCGGCAGUUGCAAUUGUGCAGAAAAAGGAGGUUGCCUGCGGUCUGAUAAAGGACCAUGGAAAGACCUUCAUAUUACGAAGGAAGAUGUAUGUGUACAUAGAAAUCAUUCGUCCAAAUCGACUACUUUGGUAGCUGAUCACGUCACUCCAGUUGAAUGCAGGCAUUAA